AUGUCUUCGGCUAACUCGGAGGUACGUAACGGUGGUUCAUCUUCAGUUGCCGCCGCGCAACCCCGUGCGGCAUCGCCCGCGAAGAUCCCCGUGAAGGUACCCUACUCACUUGCCAAAGUUCCAAUGCCGCGGCUUGUACCGGCGAAGAUGCCGGCACCAAAGCGAGCAGCUGAGAGCGAGGCUCAACAUCGCGGCAACAGGGAAGACAGUGACGACGCUCUGCUUGAGUCCUCCGCACCCUCUAAAAAACCAAAGAAGGAGGAGUCAAAAAAGGCUCCUCUAGUGGAAACGGAGUCUAGCAGUAGCAGCGAGUACAGUUCUUCUGACAGCGAUGAUACCGAUGCUAGUGACAGCGAAAGCGAGGGCUCGAAAACGUCUACAGUUUCCGAUUCAAGUGACAUUUCGGACGACGAAGAAAGCGUUUCUGAGGACAAUCUGACAUUUUUUGAAUUAGCCGAGAGAAGCGGCCUCAUGAAUGAUAUCAAGAAUAAGGUAAACUCUGGGGAAGGGGAACAGGAGGAGGAGGAGGAGGUGCACAUCGACGGGAAGCCACCACGGCCCAAGUUUCUUCGUAGCUUUCCUCGCGAUAUUGAGGCGGAAAUCGGGAAACACGAGAAACGCCUCAAGGAUGUUGAGAAUAUGUUAAAAAUGAAACAGGAUAAUAAAACUGUUUCGUUGGGCACAAGUAAGGUAAAUUAUAUAGACCCACGGAUUGUGUGCUCCUGGGCCAACGAGAACAACGUCCCCAUUUCGAGGCUGUUUUCUGCGACACUUCAAAAAAAGUUCCCUUGGGCACUGAAGGCAAGGGACUUUACGUUUUGA